UACAAAGGAAGCCCAAAGGAGGAAAAAAGAGUUUCUGGGGAGGAGGCUAACCCYAACCUUGGAAACAAUGUAUCUAAUUGUGAUAACAUGAAGGUCUUGGGUUAUGUUUUGGGUAGGGUUUUAGCUUCAGUAACUCUCUCAAACAAAUGCAUGUGAACAUACAUUUUAACAGGUGGUCUAUUUGUUUAAAAAUUGUCCUUCAAUUCUUUUUUGCUUUACAGAAUUUGAGUGAAGAUGAUAUCAAAAGAAAGCUGAUCAAUCUACAAGAAGACAGGCAUAACUAUGAGAUGAGGUCAAAGGAGUCACUAAAAAGAAUGCUACAAGAAAAAUUAGAAGCAGUGCAAAAAUUAUCAGAAGCUGAGAGGUCUUGUAAUUCUGCUGAAGAUGAAUGCCUUCACUACAAAACCUUGUAUGAGAAAUCACAAAUAGAGAUGAGAGAACUCAAUGACAGACAUUCACAAAGACAAGAGGAAAUGAGGUCUCUUCAGGAACAAGUAGAGAAAGCUGAGAAACGACAUGCUGCUGUAGAUGAACAGUCUUCUGCUGUGGUUGAUCUAAWCGAUACUCAACAGGCAUCGAAAGAAAGAAAAGACUUUGAGACCAACAUGRUGGAGGCCAAGGAAAAAGAGGCRGCCUUCUCUGCCAGGGCUGAGGCGCUUCAAGCGGAGUGUGAUUUUGCCAAACAACAACUGAUAGCAAUGAAAGCCCAGUUAGACAAGCGGAGAGAAGGUGUCAAUAAGGCUAACAGUCCUACCAAGAAAGAAGACACUGACGAAACAAUUGAUAAAUCCGUGGACUUCACACCGAGACAGGGAAUCCAACUAGGUGACGGACAGACGUCACUAUUUGAAGAUAUCCCAGCUGUAUUAACCAACGACACUAAUCAYCAGACAAGUCCAGGUGAUCUGACAAUAAUGCAAGCCCAGGUCCAAAUUCUUGAAACAGAAGUGACUGACAAGGAAGAAUAUGUCAAGAGUCUAAAAGAACAAUUAAUAGAAACACAAGCGUUAUUGAAGGGAAGCAGAGAAGAGGUCGCUAGUUUGAAUGAUAAAUUAUCCAAAGCACAGCAUGAAGUAGAGGAGGACAAAUCAAUGAUAAGUAAACUAGAAGAGCAAGUUAUGGGUUAUCAUCUACAAGCUGUUGACCAGAUUACCUUUACUGAUGGUAUGGACGACGAGGAUGAAGAAAACGGAGAAUUGAAUGAAUUAACACCAAGCUCAAGCAARGAAUCUCUGCUGAAUACGUCUCGACUACAAAGUCUUUUAGACAAAAUCGUAGARGUCAACAAUCUUGUGAAAAAAAGAAGGGAAACUUUAUUGGCAUGGACUGAAUCAGUCGAUGGAAAGAAGUUMGUUUUCAAUGAAGUUCUAGUGAAUUCUAUUGACAGUCAUGAAGAAAAUUUUAACGAGAUUGAAAGACUUGUGGAUUCAGAGCACAAGGGAGGGCACACAAUAAAAGAAGAGCUUAAAAAUGCUCAGGCUUAUACUAAAGAUUUCAAGCAGCAGAUUUUAGAAUUACAAGCUGUCUCGUGAACGUGACUUGAUGCAAGUCGAGAAGAACUGCGAGCACCAAGCGUUUGAAACUGCGCARAAUGCUGCCAGGGAGAUGCAGAAACAAGCUGCCAAGAGCGCUGAAUCCGCUGGAAAAAAUAAAGUUGAACUCAGUGUCAUCACAGAUGAUAAUCUUUUACUAAAACAGAAAGUUCAAACGCUGGAAAGUGAACUUAAAAAAUAUCGACGUGAAAAUACACGUUUAUCAUCGGAUUAUAACAAGUUACAGAGCUCGCAUCGAGACCUUGAAUUACAAGAACGAGCACAACACGAAAAACAAAUCAAACAACAGGCGAACGAAGUCAGCGACAAACUUAAGUCUUCUGAAGAGUCGACUAAAUGUCAAGAACUGGAAUUACGUAAAGAUAUCGAACAAGAAAAAGAGCGUGUUAGCAAAUUGCAAUCGUAUCUUCUGUCUGUGCUAGCUCUAGUCCUUGCCAUGAUUCUGGCCUACUCUUUAGACUUUAUCUCAAUAUCCGCCGGUGGACGGUUUGGCUCGUCAUGACAAAUUGGUUCUCGUUCAACACAGCUUCAUAUCGUACAAGAAUGCAUGU